AUGACUAUCCUCGUCGGAAAGCCCCUGGACUGGGCCAUCACAGCGACUGCUGGCUCAGGCUUCCUCCUCUUCGGUUACGACCAGGGUGUCAUGUCAGGCCUCUUGACAGGCACAGCCUUCACUAACACCUUUCCUGAGAUUAACACGACCGAAGGUGGGAACGGAAGUUCCUCUCUGCAGGGCACCGUAGUGGCCAUCUACGAGAUUGGAUGUUUCUUCGGUGCCAUCUUCUGUCUUGCGUUCGGUGAAUACUUUGGAAGGCGCAAGUGUAUACUGAUGGGUUGUGUCGUUCUCAGCAUUGGAGCUGCUCUCCAAGCCUCUGCUUUUGGUAUUCCCCAAAUGAUUGUUGGGCGCAUUGUCGCGGGCUUGGGAAAUGGGAUGAACACCAGUACUAUUCCUGUAUGGCAUUCUGAAUUGAUGAAGGCCAAUAACCGUGGAAAGGGUCUUGCCAUUGAACUCGCGAUUAACAUCUUUGGAGUCAUGCUGAGCUACUGGGUCGACUAUGGCAUGUCCUUCGUCAAUAAUGAUGCCCAAUUCCGAUUCCCCCUAGCCUUCCAGAUCUUCUUCGCCAUCCUGACCUUUAUCGGUAUUCUUCUCUUGCCCGAGUCUCCUCGUUGGCUCAUCAACCACGACCGCCACGAGGAAGCCCGCGAAGUUCUUUGGUCUGUGCGAAAGAACGCCAAGUCCAUCUCAAAGGACGAUGGAUCCGUCAGUCGCGCCAUCGCGGAAAUCCAACAUGCCAUCAACGAAGAGCGAGAUGCGGCCCAAACCAGUAGCUUCAAGGCUAUGUGGAAGAACGGCGAGCAGAAAUUCCUGUACAGAACGAUGCUCGGUAUUGGUGGACAGUUUAUGCAGCAGCUCUCUGGUAUCAACUUGAUCACAUAUUACGCCCCUGUCAUCUUCCAGGAGUCUGUCGGCAUCUCGCACAACCUUAGUCUGCUGCUAGCUGGCUUCAACGGUGUCGCUUACUUCUUCUCCUCGCUCAUCCCAAUUUGGAUCAUUGACCGCCUGGGUCGCCGAAAGCUGAUGAUGUUCGCCGCAGCGGGCCAGGCAGUCUGCAUGGCUGUUCUAGCAGGAACUGUUUCAACUGGGCAGCCAGGCCCUGGAAUCGUCGCCAUCGUUAUGCUGUUCCUAUUCAACUUCUUCUUUGCUGUAGGAUUACUUGCCAUUCCCUGGUUGCUGCCCGCCGAAUACGCCCCCUUGGCUAUCCGUACUCGUGCCGCCGCCCUCGCUACCGCUUCCAACUGGAUCUUCACCUUCCUCGUCGUCGAAAUUACUCCUGUGUCCAUCUCGAGUAUCGGCUGGAAGACAUACAUCUACUUCUGUAUCUUUAAUGCCUGUUUCGUUCCUCUCAUCUACUUCUUCUAUCCCGAAACUCGACUCUUGUCCCUCGAGCAGAUCGACAAGCUGUUUACUGGCUCAAAGGUUCUUCUUCACUGGGAUCACAGCAUGGGUGUUCCUGGAGAGGCUUCUGAGAAGAGUGAUGGUGAGACGGGUAAGUCGUCACAUGAUGAGAAGGCCGAGGCGGAAGUCCAUAUGCGUGAGUAG